AAAUGCUCAGAUCCCCGGUUUCACGCAUGUGCGUUUGGAAUGUAACCCGGAAGUACUCAAUUCAAUGCUUGUCGCGGACUCGGAGGGAAAAACACUAGCAUGCGAUGAAAUAACGUAAUUUACAAAAUAAAACAACUUAAAAAACCCAAACUAUACCAGCUGAAUAAAGGAAGCUCUUCGGGCGAGGGGGAAGGAGCUCCGCUAGUUGUCGCAGGUUUUGGUUUAGCCUGGAGUACCCGAGCUGAAGAUGAGUGGUGCUUCAGAUGCCAACAAAGAGUUUAUGGAGCAGCUGCGGCUGCAGGACCUCUACGGCCAGAGAACUGAGGAUGGUUCUGACCCCUACACCUACACCGACCCAGAGGACGGGACGGUUUACGACUGGGAUCCUGAGAAGAAGGCCUGGUUCCCCAAAAUAACAGAGGACUUCAUCGCAGCCUACCAGGCCAACUAUGGCUUCACUAAGGAAGGAGAACAGGAUGCAAACAACGCUGCAGUGAGCAGCACUGAACCAGCAGCCCCUAAACCAGACAGCAAGCCCUCAGAAAAGCAGAAAGCAGGAGAUGCCACUCAGAACCUGAAUCCAGACGAGCUAGCUAAGCAGAAAGGGGAGAAGAGGAAAGCAGAGCCAGGAUGGUUUGAUAUUGAUGACAACAAAAACACAAACGUGUAUGUGUCGGGUCUGCCCCCCGACAUCAGCGCAGAUGAGUUUGCAGAACUAAUGUCCAAGUGUGGAAUUGUGAUGCGGGAUCCCAUCACUGAGGAGUACAAGGUCAAACUCUACAAGGAUAAAGAAGGAAAUCUGAAGGGAGAUGGCCUCUGCUGCUACCUCAAGAAGGAGUCGGUGGCUUUGGCUAUGCGUCUGAUUGACGAGUCAGAGGUCAGAGGUUACAGACUCCAUGUGGAAGCAGCACAUUUUGAGCUGAAGGGACAGUACGACGCCAGUAAGAAGAAGAAGAAGAACAAAGAUUAUAAGAAGAAGAUGCAGCAGCAACAGAAACAGUUGGACUGGAGGCCAGAGAAGAAAGGAGAAUUGAGAAAGAGGCAUGAAAAAGUUGUCAUCAUCAGAAACAUGUUCCAUCCCAGUGACUUUGAGGAAGAUCCACUGGUGCUGAAUGAGUAUCGCGAUGAUCUGCGGACUGAGUGUGAGAAGUUCGGGGAGGUGAAGAAGGUCAUCCUCUUUGACAGACACCCAGAUGGCGUCGCUUCAAUCGCGUUCAAGGAGCCCGAACAAGCCGAUGCAUGCAUUUUGUCAUUCAAUGGUCGCUGGUUUGGAGGAAGACAGCUGUCUGCCGAGCUUUGGGAUGGAACAACAGACUAUCAGGUGGAAGAGACAACACGAGAGCGAGAGGAGCGACUGAAGGGCUGGUCUACUUUCUUGGAGACAGACGAUCAAGGCCAGAAGAACAACAGCACCACCAAACCUGGAGAGACCGACACUGCCACAGAACCUACAGAGCCCUCCGACACAGCGGAGCCCAAACAGCACGCAGAGAAAGUGGAGCCCAAACAGCAACCGGAGACAGCAGAGCCCAAACAGCAACCGGAGACAGCAGAGCCCAAACAGCACCCGGAGACAGAUCCACAACAGGAGCAGGACCUGGACUCCACAGACAGCAGCCUGGCAGGAAGCGAUGAUGAAGCUUAGUCAUUUAAAUGCACAACUUUGGUCUCUGUGACAGCCAAGUAGGACAAUUGUGUGUGAGUGGACUGCUCCAAAGGUCUGUGUUGAUCAGGGGAGGAGCAUUUUGGACAGUUUGAGCUGUUUUGUUAUGUAGAAUAAUAAAAUAAUGAUUUUUCUCCUGUUA